AUGCAAAGUUAUGGUGGACAAGGGUUUGAAGAUAAUGAAGAGGAUGAAGAAGAUGAUGGAUCUGAUGGGAAUAAUCAUGAUGACUACAACCCUGAGGUGGAUGAUGAAGAUUAUGACCCUUAUGGUAUAGAUGAUGAUGAUGAUGAUGUAGAGGGUAUGGAAGGAAGUCAAGGAGCAGAUGGUGGAAAGCAAACUAAAGAUGGUGUAGGAACAAGCAGUCAAGGAUCUGUAUUAGGGAGCAGAGAUGCAUAUGCUGAUUUGGAGGACAAUGAGGACAUAUUUGCUAAUGUGGAUUCGGAUGAAGAGAGAAUGGGACUUGCCGUAAACUCUGAUAGGGAGCCUGAAGAUGAAUUCCCAGAAUUUAACCCGAACACAGACAUGAAGAAACCUGAGUUCUGCAAGGGAUGA